CUGCCGCUGCCCGGCCCGGUGCGGCUGCGGAUCGUGGAGCUGGCGCAGCUCGGCAUGCGGCCCUGCGACAUCAGCCGCCAGCUGCGCGUCUCCCACGGCUGCGUGUCCAAGAUCCUGGCGCGCUACAACGACACCGGCUCCAUCCUGCCCGGAGCCAUCGGCGGCAGCAAGCCGCGGGUCACUACCCCUGCUGUGGUCCGGAGCAUCGGGGACUACAAGCAGGGCGACCCAGGCAUGUUCGCCUGGGAGAUCCGGGACCGGCUGCUGUCGGACGGGGUGUGCGACAAGCAUAACGUGCCGUCAGUCAGCUCAAUCAGCCGGAUACUCAGGAAUAAAACUCUGUCGCAUCCGUAUGAGAGCGUGAAACCAGCCCCGGCUCAGCUGCAGUACGGACACGUGUACCCGGCAUACUCAUACACCGGGCCCGCAGGGACCCACACCGGGACCGGACACGUCGGCCUUCCGCGGAGCUGGCACAACAUCCUGGGCAUCCGAGCCUUCGUGGACCCGGCAGCACUGUGUGAAUCUGAAGGACAUUCAGCCAAAAUGGAGGAGAGGACGAGGAUGGCCAAUAGUAUGGGCAGUAGUAUGAGUAGUAUGACUAGUAGUAUGACUAGUAGUCUGACUAGUAGUAUGACUAGUAGUAUGAGCAGCAGCGGACCGUUUCCUUCUGGAAUCAAUGAAGUGGAGAAAACAAGCAACGAGCUGGAACUCAAAUACCAACAGCAGUCUUUGCCCAGUCUGCUUGGUUACGUCUCAGCCUGUGCGUACUCUCCACCGAACCACUACGGCGUCUAUGGAGGUCCAGCAGCCAACCACAUGAGCACAGGACCCCACUGGCAGCCCCAGUCUUCCAGUCAUACUCUCGGUCUCACUCCAAGUCUCACUCCCAGUCUGACUCAGGCCCAUCCUGAUCCUGCAGCAACACAAGAUGCUGCAGAUUUCCAUUCUGCAACUUCUUUCAAACUUCUACAAAGAGACGAGGACAGGAAACCUCAGAGUCCUCUGUACAACCAUCACAGAUCGUCUUCAGCCUCGUGACGACGUCGAUGAAACACAAGAAGAUGUUUCAAUUGUGUUUUGAAAGACUAAAAGAGAGUGCGUAGCUGCUGCAGGCGCGAGCUCAAGACCUGAAAGAGAAACUCUCCUCUCACUCUGAAAUUGCAUCAUCUGGUAAAAUAUUUUUGGUAAAGCUGUGUAUAUAUAUAUGUAUAUUUUUGUUGUUGUUGUUGAUAAAU